CAGACAUAAUGAAAUCGUCAGUCUCGCGCCAAUAGGCGUAAGGUUCUAACCGUUGUGAUAAUUUUUAUAGUUUAAUUUAUUUAUUUUAUUAGUUUAGUGAAUUAAGUUUAGUUUUAAUUUAUUAAAAUGUUCCCGAUCAUACUGAUAGUAAGUUUAGCAGCCCAAUACACAGUCUCGUAUGGAGGCGUCGUAGGGAACGAAGUCAUAGGCGAUAAGCAGUUAAUGUUCGCCAUUGUUGUCCACAGACACGGCGAACGUACUCCUGACGCGGAUGAGCUGUCCCUAGCUGAUGAUAAGGAGGCCCUGGAGAACCUUACCCUGGUGGAAGGCUUGGAGUCUUUGACUAAUGUGGGUAAACGAAGAGCCUACCAGAUUGGGAAGCAUAUCCGGCGUCGCUACGGCUUCCAGGGUCUCAACCUGAUCUCCAACUUGUACCUUCACGAUGAGAUCGCUAUCAGAAGCACUGACAAGGAAAGGACCAAGAUGACUGUACAGGUAGCCAUGGCCGCUGCCUACCCCCCUGAGACAGAGCAACAAUGGGACGAGGCAGUAGGAAAAGUCUGGCAACCAGUACCUUACACCACAGUUCCUUUGGUAGAAGAUUAUCUCCGUUACUACUCCAAUUGUAAACACUUCCGAGCGUUGAUGGCUCAGGCCAAAAAGGAGGCGUUAGAGAACGAGUUCAUGCAGUACCACGAUUUGAUUCCCAGGAUAAUGUGGAAGACUGGACGCAAUUUCACCGAAGACCCGCUGUGGUUUGAGACUCUGUACGACCUGUUUAGCAGUCAAGUCGGCCUAGGAUUAGACAUUCCUAAAUGGGCUGAACCGAUCCUGCCUAGGCUGAACGAAGCAGCUAGACUAGCCUACAAUCUGUACUUCAGAACUGAUGAGAUGAAGACAAUAGGAGGCGGUAUACUUCUUAACACAUUUGUGGAGGCAGCCUUGGAGAUAUCCCAGGGUAGGCCGGUGAAGCAGCGCCUGCGCAUGUUUUCUGCGCACGAUUUCAACAUCGGCGCUCUUAUGGGCGCUGCCAGGGUGGAGAACAAUUAUAAUAUCCCGGAAUACGGGGCGGUCUUCGCUUUGGAGUUAUACAAGUCUAGGAGCACUGGAAAAUUGAGCGUUUUGCCCGUCUACCUACCCAAAGCUGGACAGUCCUCGCCGCAGACAUUGAGCUUCACCGAUUGCGGUCCAUACUGUGACUUCGACAAGUUCAGACAGCUGACUAAGGAGUUCAUCCUGUCUGAGUCAGAGUAUUACAGGAUAUGCAAAAUCAGGACUGAAUUGUAGGGGGUACGAGUAUUAUCAGGAUACGAUGAUAGGUCAAUGAAUCAAUAUUGUUUUUAUACAUACAUACAUAAAAUCACGCCUCUUUCCCGGAGGGGAAGGCAGAGACUACCUCUUUCCACUUGCCACGAUCUCUGCAUACUUCCUUCGCUUCAUCCACAUUCGUAACUCUCUUCAUGCAAGCUCGGCGGUUUAGGGUACUUUUGACCUGACCCUUUACCAGGACGUCCUUUAUUGUUUUUAUUGCAAUACUAAUUGAAAGAACACAUCAGAAGACAUGCCGUGUGGUUUCCGGACUUUAGAAGAGAGCCACUACAUAUCUUUGCCUUGGAUGUCGUAAAGGCGAUUAAGGGAUAGGCUUAUAAAUUUGGGAUUCCUCUCGUAGGCGAUGGGCUGGCAACCUGUCACUAUUGGAAUCUCAAUUGCAUCACGAAGCCAUAGAGCUAAAUGUGGCCUUUCAGUAUUUUCGAAACUGUUGGCUCUGUCUACACCACGAGGGAUAUGGACGUGACUUAAUGUAUGUAUGUCGAAAAACAUACUAGGAGAAGUAUAAAGUACCUCAUACCAUUCUUUUCUUCAGGAUAUAACUGUUUAGGUAGGAUUUAUAGACAGUUACUUACACAAGAGCGAGCGAGCGUAGUGCAAGCAAGCAAGCGAGCGUAGCGUAAGCGAAAGAGCGUAGCGUAGCGUUAACCAACAAUGUACGUGAGCGAAAACGCGGGAAACAGCUAGUUUAUUUAUAAAUUGAAUGAAUUGAAAAAUAUGAUAUAGAAAUUAAACUGUUAGUCUUUAAACACGGACCUAAUGUUCUUUGAACAAGUUUAUGUAAUUACUAGCUGUGCCCGCGACUUCGUCCGCGUGGAAUAGUUAUUUUGGGCAUCAUUGAAGCCCUCAAGGGUGAAUAAUUUUUACCCGUUUUUUUUUCACAUUUUCAAUUAUUUCUUCGCUCCUUAUAGUUGCAGCGUGAUGUUAUAUAGCCUAAAGCCUUCCUUGAUAAAUGGUCUAUUCAACGCAAGAAGAAUUUUUCAAUUCGAACCAGUAGUUCCUGAGAUUAGCGCGUUCAAACAAACAAACUCUUCAGCUUUAUAAUAUUAGUAUAGCUAUCUACACAUCUAUGAUGUGUCAUAAUUUCUCUCUCACUCUUGUGUUAGCAACUGUCAAAAUCCAUGUACAAUCGGACUCCAUAUAAAUAAUAUGGAAAAGUGUUUAAUUUUAUUUCCCCUGAUUGAAAAUCUAACAUUGACUAUUACGAAUAGCUGAUUUUUUAAUGCUUUAAAUAGUCAUACGUUAAAAAUUAUAUAUUUUUGAAAUAACAUCGACGACGUUUUUAACGUUAUCCACUAAGUAUAACGAACUAAGUACGUAGACUAAUAAAAAACGAUUGAUUGUGCAAGCGUAUGUGAUAUUUAUACUAUAGUUACCAUUAUAGUUAGAUACUAUAGGUAUAUAAGUAAUUUUUUUUUUUGAAAUAAAUGUGGCUAUUGUAACAAGGAUUU